GGCCACCCCCGCGCAAUGCGCCGCUCGAGCACGGACGAGUCCGCGUACCGGCGCAGCCCGUCGCCGGAGGGCAAGGAGCCGGGCUUCACGCGCGGCGGCCCCUUCCGGCGCUGCAGCAGUCUGUAUGGGCGCGCGGGCACCGGGGACGCUGAGGACGCGGGCGGCAGCCCCUUCUUCGGCGUGCACGCGAACCCCGGCCCCAAGGCGGCUCAGGCCCGCCACACGUCGCCCAAGGGCAACAAGUACGUGGUCUUCUACCUGGACCUGUCCUUCAUCUUCCUCCUAGAGCUGAAGCGCUGCAGCAUGGCGCGCGGCUGCCUCCAGGGUGUCAAGUACCUCAUGUUCGCCUUCAACCUGCUCUUCUGGCUGGGAGGCUGUGGCGUCCUGGGUGUUGGCAUCUGGCUGGCUGCUACACAGGGGAACUUCGCCACCCUGUCCUCCUCCUUUCCGUCGCUGUCAGCUGCCAACCUGCUCAUCGUCACAGGCACCUUCGUCAUGGCCAUCGGCUUUGUGGGCUGCAUUGGGGCCCUCAAGGAGAACAAGUGCCUGCUGCUCACCUUCUUCCUGCUGCUGCUGCUGGUGUUCCUGCUGGAGGCCACCAUUGCUGUGCUCUUCUUCGCCUACACUGACCAGAUUGACAGGUACGCCCAGCAAGACCUAAAGAAGGGCCUGCAUCUGUAUGGCACACAGGGCAACGUGGGCCUCACCAACGCCUGGAGCAUCAUUCAGACUGAUUUCCGCUGCUGUGGUGUCUCCAACUACACGGACUGGUUUGAGGUCUACAAUGCCACCCGUGUGCCUGACUCCUGCUGCCUGGAGUUCAGUGACAGCUGUGGGCUGCAUGCGCCUGGCACCUGGUGGAAGGCGCCCUGCUAUGAGACGGUGAAGGCCUGGCUCCAGGAGAAUCUGCUGGCUGUGGGCAUCUUUGGGCUGUGCACGGCACUGGUGCAGAUUUUGGGCCUGACCUUCGCCAUGACCAUGUACUGCCAAGUGGUAAAGGCGGACACCUACUGCGCUUAGACCACGGGCCACCCUGCUUCUCUGCCAAAGGACACCACCCACCAGGGACAGGGCUGUAUCCAAACCUGCCCCACACAUCGCAGGACUUGGUGCUCUGCUGGGCUCAGGGGAGAGGCUGGUGCCCUGAACCCCCAGGACCCCAUUCCUGGAAUGCUUCGGCAUGGGCAGCCAUGGGGUCUCCUGCCUACAUGGGAGGGGCUUUGACACUUUUUUAUAUCUUCCAGAGCAGUGUUCACAUGGGAUGGGGGGUGCCGGGCCAUGGUCCCCUUUGCCCGAGGACAAUGGGGGAGUAGGUCUGACCCCUUGGAGACCCUGCACAGGUCCUGGUGCUCCAGACAGGCUGGGCCCCCAUCAUCCAUUUCUGAGGGGCUGCAGCUCCAGGUGCAUCCUAAUAAAGUGCGUGAGCAGCCCGUGUCUCCCUGGA